AGGCUCUAAAGCCGGUCCGACCACCUACACCAACUUCGAUGAUAUCUGUUAUAGUACGGGUACUGGGCGUGCCCAAGUCUUCGAUUUCCAUCCUUUGAUGGAGUGGGGCUCGAUUCUGUGCUCUUCCUCUAACGCCAUUGAGUUGGGCGUGUUGGGGCGCAGACAAGGAAUGUAGCUCAUGGAUUCAAUGGUGUCUGCCCGAAUUUCGAGCAGAACUUCCUUUGAAGGGCAAUGACGAAAGUUUCCCAUCGGUCUUGCCUGGCUUUGAACUCUACCAGGCAACUUCCUUCGGAGAUGAAGAAUCCGGAACAACUCCUACCAAUGCCCAUGCCUAUUUUGUUUCUCAUGCGAGAAGACGGUCUCCUUUGCCCAUUUGACAUGGUCAAUCUCAAAAAGGAUGCCAUUCAGCUAACCAAACCCAUGGAAGCCCUGCCCACGAAAGGAAUGAGAACCGGCAAUGUGGUGUUUCCAAAAGCCGAGGGGUCAUCAUCGUCCGUUGCCAAAGAAUCGAGCUUGCCUCCUCCCCCGAUCCAGAAUCUGGGUGGGUCCAAGGCUCCCGAGAGCAAAAAGGACGCAUUUGCCUUCAAUAUGGGGGCCCCCGUUGCUCAAACUCCCGCUUUUGGAGGAAGCAUUGCUCCUACACCACCGUUUGGAGCUGGUGUAUCCAAACCAAACAUUGGAAAUCCCAUUCAAACUAAGGAGGUGGUAAAGGUCACACCCAAACCUUCCAUCCCGACCACGAACAAGUCUUCGCAUUCUGACUCUAAGACGCCUGUCGCCAAAACGAAUGGUUCGAGUUCAGUGGAUGCCACGGAGAAACGUUAUCAGUCGGCCAUCUUGCAAGAAGUCCAAGCUUUUGAAAAGGAUUUGGCCCAAUUCAAGAAAACCUCGCCUGGCUUGAACAUUAAUCAAAUUGGUGGACAAGAGGAAAAGAUGAGCUUGCGGGCUCAAACGGAGACUAUGGAUACUUUUUGCCAUGACCUGGCCGAAAUUACAAGCUCUCAGAGUAAAGAGAUACAUCAACUUCAAACAGCCACCUUGGAAUGUUACGAAUGGGCUGAGGAGGCUCGAACGAGGGACAUCCGAAAUAAAGACCCCAAAUACCAAAGACUUUUGAAGAACCGAAGUCUGGACCCCAUGAGUCAGAAGAAGCUGUCGGGUGUGGAGGCCAAGUUCAUGUAUUUGGAUCAGCAAAUUCAUGAGGUCAAUCAAAGCCUGGAUCUCCAAUGGCGCGAUCAUCUGAGUAGGCGAAACAAUAAGGGAGGAACGAGGAAAGUGAUUAUCCCGAGUCCAGAGUUCAUUUAUAAGUCAAUCCUGACCAAUCAUCAAAUUUUGGAUGGUCAAAAAGAACACUUGCGGAAAGUAACGGAGGAGAUCAAGGCGUUGAAAAUUCACAAUCUGACUGUUCCUUGGCACCACGAUAACACAUCUUUAAAUGCCACAGCGGGCUCUUCCAAAUGCGGUGAUUUGAGUCAAUUGACCGAGUCGUUCAUGGAGAAAACCAGACUGGAUGAAUCUCGAGGCACGCCCAAACAUGGACUCAACUCGACCAAAACCCAAAGAUCAUCAUCUCCUUUAUCGACAUUUUCACCCGAGAAAGAGAGUGCCUUAAGGCAAAUGCUACAGAAUAGAGGCACCAUUAAAAUCAGACCGGCCAAACCUCAAAGUCCGAACGAGUCGAGGUUCCUAAAAUUGGACUCGUCCUUCAACGAGAACUUGGAUCAGAGUAUCAAGCAACUCCUGGAUGCGGCUAAGAUGAUAAACGAGCCCAACACUCCGAAGUUAGAGAAAGAGCGUUUAAUCUUACAGCUCAAGGAAUCCCUGGCGGCUUGGAUAUCAGACAACUGGAGCUCCCACAUUUGGAACUCAAACGUCAUCAGCUUCAGGGUUUGGCUCCCAAACUACAAAAACUAAUGCAUUUGGAACUCCAGCCUCUUCCCCUCCAACUUUCGGAACUCCGACGACAGCAGCGCCAGCUUUUGGUUCAGUAUUUGGAACAGUUUCUACUGCCUCUUCAGGAUCUGUCUUUGGAGGCACAAGUUCGACCACAUCCGUUUUUGGCGGAUCGACAUCCGUCUUUGGAACCAAUACGCCGUCAAGUACAAGUUCUGGGUCAGUGUUUGGUGGAGCACCAAAUACUGGAUCUGGUUCGAUCUUCGGCGGUGCCACACAAGCUGCCUCGCCUUUUGGAACAAGUACUGCUCCAACUAGUGCCACUGGAGGAAUUGCUUCAUCUUUUGGUAGUUCUCUCUCGUUUGGAAGUACUGCCACGACUGCAGCCAAUAACGCGUCUUCGCCAUUCGGUGGGGGUGCAACCACUGACACCCAAUCUGCAAGUUCCAUUUUUGGUGGAGGAUCAGCCACAUUUGGCACACCGCCCACUUCGUCCACUACAUCUCUAUUUGGAGGGUCAGGGGCCACCUCAAAUGCUGGGUUUUCUGCAUUUGGUUCCUCCGCCACCCCUAGCAAUACCUCAAGUUUUGGAGGGGGUUUCACUGCCACCAGUUCUAAUCAAACUGCGGGGACCGCAGGUUUUGGGGCUUUUGGCUCUGGGGGCGGCGCCAGCUCUUUUGGCGGAGCUGCUCCCACUUCUCCAGCUGCUCCUGGUGGAUUUGGUUCUCCCCCUGCUUUUGGUUCACCUCCAGCAUUUGGGGGAGCACCAGCUUUUGGAUCUACCCCGGCAUUUGGGAGUCCCCCCGCUUUUGGUGGUACGCCAGCCUUUGGGGCGUCUGCAGGAGGCUCUGUUUUUGGAGGAGGAAGCUCUACAAAUGCACCGGCCUUUGGGAACAUGGCUCAAUCUAAUAGCAUCCCCACUUUUGGCGCUAUUGCUCAGCAAUCCAAUAGUGCUCCAACAUUUGGUGGAAUGAGUGGUCAAACGGGGUCCACUUUUGGAGCAAUGGCUCAACCAAAUGCUGGCUCAACUUUUGGCGGUGGGGGAUCAACGUUUGGAUCAACUCCUACUUCUACAGGAUUUGGUGGCGCAGCCUCUUCUCCUUCAUCCGGAUCAUUUAGUGGAUGGAGAGGUUGAAUAUUUGGUGUUUAUGGUAGUGACAAUAAAAUCUGUAAAUAAAGACUACUGCAAGCUACACAAA